AGUAUUUAAGCGCCCGAGCAUUCCAGAAGCUCCAGUCUCGAACGACAGGUCUUCGGAAGAGGACGAAACUUUGAACUAAUUGCUCAUAGUUAACAAAUUACUUACCUAAAAAUGGAUUCGGAGACUCAAAGUUUUGAGACGCUAAUCAGCAACAAUCUGUCCGGCAGAGAUUUGGAAGAGUUCAACAGAAUAUACUUCGGAAGACGCGACAACCAUGAGGUCAGAGUCAAGGAGUCUUCAGCAGCCGCGGCUCGCGAGGCCAACUUCGAGAUCGCCGCCUACGCCUUCCCCGCCAAGAAGGAACACACCCGCCCACCGAGGAUAGUCAAAGUGGGCAUCAUCCAGCACUCGAUCCCCGCGCCGACCGACCUUCCAAUCAACGAACAGAAGACGGCUAUCUUGGAGAAAGUGAAGAAGAUCAUCGACGUGGCGGGUCAAGAAGGCGUCAACAUCCUCUGCUUCCAGGAGCUGUGGAACAUGCCGUUCGCCUUCUGCACUCGGGAGAAGCAGCCAUGGUGCGAGUUCGCUGAAUCGGCUGAGGAGGGGCAGACCACCAGGUUCUUACGUGAGCUCGCUGUCAAGUACGCCAUGGUCAUCGUGUCCUCUAUUCUAGAGAGGGACGAGGCGCACGCAGACAUCCUGUGGAACACUGCAGUUGUUAUCAGCGACACCGGCAACGUUAUCGGCAAGCACCGCAAGAACCACAUUCCCAGGGUCGGCGACUUCAACGAGUCGAACUACUACAUGGAGGGCAACACGGGUCACCCGGUGUUCGCUACGCGCUACGGUAAGAUCGCUGUCAAUAUUUGCUUCGGCCGGCACCACCCGCUCAACUGGAUGAUGUUUGGGCUGAACGGCGCCGAUAUCGUCUUCAACCCGUCUGCGACCAUCGCUGCUGAUGCCGGCAGUGAGUACAUGUGGAACAUAGAAGCGAGAAACGCCGCUAUCACCAACUGCUACUUCACGGCCGCGAUCAACCGCGUUGGCUACGAGCAGUUCCCGAACGAAUUCACGUCAGCGGAUGGUCAACCAGCUCACAAAGACUUGGGUUUAUUCUACGGGUCGAGCUACUUCUGUGGCCCGGACGGAGUGCGGUGUCCGGGGCUGUCGAGGAACAAGGAUGGCCUUCUGAUCGGGGUGCUGGACCUCAACCAGAACCGGCAGAUCCGCGACCGGCGCUGCUACUACAUGACGCAGAGACUGCCCAUGUACGUGGAGAGCCUGAGCAAGGUCGUCGAGCUGGACUAUAAGCCGCAAGUCGUUCACGAGAAGGACGGAAAGUAAAACUCACUUCCAUUAGAUUCUGUUGUAGGAUAAGUCGCUACUAAAUUUAAUUUAAUUAUGUUAUUAAUUACUUACCUAUACGAUAAUUGUAUUUUUAUUGCUCUCUAUAAAAGUAAAGUACUGAAUGAAAUGA